AUGGGAGGCGCUAUUAGAAAGGGCAGAAGAUCCGUCUUUAAAGAAGUCGGCUUGGAACACGAUUUGGAUUGUCCCACUUCUGCAUCAGCGCCUUCGCUGUUGGUUAGCGAGCACCUUGAUACCCAGGACAACGAAAAGAAGCAACCGUUUGAACAAGACAGCAAUCAGAGUCAGGACAGCAACUACCAGCGCCCACGACAGUUAUCAUUAUCAUCGCCCUCAACUUGGUACGCUAAACUAUCAAAUCCCAAAGGCCGACCAAGAAUCAAGAGCACUUCGGGUACAGCCCCAAGCAUUUCAGGCCUACAGCGCUUCACCAUGUUGGCAGUUCUCAUUGCCAUUGUUCUUCCCGCCUUCAGCUGGAGGAAUGGUCAAUCAUUCUCCGACAUUAAUGGCGCCAGUGCCGGUGUCAUCAACAAACGCGAGACCAGUCCUACUGAAGUAUGCGCCCGGUGGGGUCUUCAAGCUGCUCAGCUAAACGGGACGCUCUACUUGUACGGCGGUCGCUCUAGAUCAAAGGCCGAUCAAACUGACGAUACAUGGAACAAUAACUUUCUAACAUUGGACCUCACCAAGGAUUGGGACAUUGACUCGCCUGCUCUUAAGGGCCUUGAGAAACCGGACGGCCCCCCGGACGUUUCUAUGGGCUACCUUUGGCACGACUACAACAACCUUUAUCUAUACGGAGGUCAAUUCUCCGAUGCACCCUACGUCGACCCUUCGCCCGAGUCUGUCUGGCGUUAUUCCAUAAAAGACGAGGAAUGGACUGAGUUUAAGAAUCCUAAAACGUCGCCUGGUAACGAACCCGAACCAGGCAAUCGGCCAGUUCAUCGCGCUGCUGAGGGAGCUGGCAUCUCUGUACCAGAGCUCGGUCUUAGCUGGUACUUUGGCGGCCAUCUCGAUUGGGCCACUACUCCGGACUGGUCUCGUAGCGUCGAGCGUGUAUAUCUCAAAAGCCUUCUUGAGUUUACGCACCCUGGUUAUGUCAACACUGGCAUCGAUAGUCUCUCCGAUGGUACGGGUGCAGGUGAAAGCGGAGCUUAUCGCAACAUCACCGAGGCAGGCAUUCAGAGUGGUAACUUUACUGAAAGGGCAGACGGUGUUCUCGUCUUCGUGCCUGGAUGGGGAGAGCAGGGUGUGUUAAUCGGCCUUGCUGGAGGCACCAACAAUAGCUUUACUGAGGACCUCGGUGUACUGAACGUCUACGAUAUCGCCAACUCGGAAUGGUUCCAUCAAAAGACGUCAGGAGAUACACCAGGCGUUCGUGUCAACCCUUGUGCCGUCAUCGCCAGCGCGCCCGACGCAUCAAGUUUCCAAAUUUACUUGUUUGGUGGACAGGAUCUGCCUUUUGGAAACCAAACGCAGUAUGAUGACAUGUAUAUCCUUACCAUCCCAUCCUUCACAUGGAUCAAAGUCGACCAAAACGACGAUAACAGACCAGCCCCACGUGCCGGCCACUCCUGUGCCAUGUACGACGGUCAAAUUGUCGUCGUUGGCGGAGUAGGCGAGGAUAUCAAAUGCGAUCCAGGCAUGUACGUAUUCGAUGCCACUUCGCUCAAGUGGAAAGAUAAAUUCACGGCGGGUGAUCACGAUUCAGACCAUUAUCCUGACAACUUUGUUCUCGCUGGAUCGCAUGGAUACGAGGUCCCCGACGCUGUACGCGAGGUUGUGGGUGGAGACAAAGACGGUAGCGCUACGGUGACAACCCCCGCUGCGGGGCCGGCUACCGGAGGUCCGUUCCUGACGGGCAAGCCUCCGGUUUUUACUGUCACGUCCGCACCCACAGCAACAGUCAGCUCGUCUUCUAACAACAGUGAUGACGAUGAAGGUACUGUUAAUGGAGGUCUUGUCGCUGCAGGUGUGAUCGCCGGUGUCUUUGGCGCUCUGGCUUGCUACCUUGGUUUCUGUGCCUGGCUCUACCGCCGUCAGGUCAACGCAUACAGAACGCAUCUGGCAGUUCAAAAUCGCUACCCCGCCUCGCACUCGAUGCUCAAUCCCUCGGGCCCCAACCGCGGAUAUUCCCAGCGCAGCCUCUUCGGUUGGGUCGGCUCCAAUCGUAACCAAGAGUACACUUCAGAGCCCAAGUGGCGUCCUGAAGACGAAGACGAUACUACGCCCGGAGCGCCUGGCUCUAGCAACGGGUCUGGAGGUCCCAAGCGCAGCGAAGAGACCAGACCCGGAACGAGCAAUAGCAGAGGCUCAACCGAAGGGCUACUCGAAGGUGAAGAACCGAGCUUCUUCAGUGUUGUCAUGGGCCCACGCCGAGCGUUGCGGGUUGUCAAUAACGCGGAAUAG